ACCAAUUCGAAAUUUAAUUGUUUAGCCCUAAACAAGCUUUUCUGGCAUAACCCUGCACUAUGGAUUAUUUUUUUUAGAUGAUUUUAAUGCUUUUUCAUCUUUCAUUUUUAUUAUGUUUACAACAUGCAAAUUUUUUAUUUUUUUUUACAACUGGAACCAUCUUUAUAUACAUGAAAAUGUGUAAAUAAUUUCUAAGCAAUUUCUUUAUACUAUGCAUCAGUUAUCAAGUGCACAUAUUGUGUAAAUUGUGACAUAAGGCAUGUCUGAUUUUAGGUCUGUGGUGAUAAACUGAUUCUGGUCUGAUUUUAGGUCUGUGGUGAUAAACUGAUAAACUAAGAAAUUCAUUUAAUGCGGCUAAAUACGGCCUGUUGUUUUCUUUGUCAUCUGAUUUUUGUUUUGUUUCUAUCUAAUUCUGAAUGAACAGACCGCAGUGCUUUGUGAUCCUAAAGUAGGUUAAUCGCUUGGUCUACUCGCAUAUUAAACAAUAUAACUUCUCUCUUCAAAUAACACUGUGCCCUAAAAUCAUUGCCUUGAUCAGCAAUUUGACUUGUACGUGUAUAGGAGAGUGACUGCAUCUCUAUGGUUUGAAAAGGCAGGCAGGCAGGCAGGAUUAUGCCCCAUGCUGUCUAAACACUCAAGGUAAGGCACCAGGCACAGACAGUCCUUUCUGAUUUAUAAGACUAAAACAUUAAUGGUACAUGGAAUAUUAAUAGAACAUGAAUAUGCUGUCGUUGUGUACUCCCAGAAACCAGAAUUUUGUUCACUGAACUGCUUGGUCAUGUUAAAAAAAAAAAAGUCCUGUCACUUCAAUUCCUGUUCUUGAAUAGGUGAAUGGCUUCUACAGCAACAGCGGUGCAUGGAAAACCAGACUGAGAACAGCAUUUACUGCACGUCUGUGCUGUAUGAGGAUGAACUGAGCAAAAAUGUGCACUGAGUCUGAUGACCGCUUUAACAAACCACUUCGUUAUUAGAGCAAAACCAUUUCACUCCUCAGCACACACACUAAAAUACUUAAGAAAAUUGUUCAAAUCGUGGCACGUCUUCUGAGACCAAAGGUGCACAACUCCGCUACUGGCGGUCCAAUUUACCUUCAUAAACUACGCCUAAAAUCAAACACUGCAUGUUUCUGCAUUGCAUUUCUCCUCACUGUGAGACUUUUAGCUCAGAUUGGGAAACAGAUUCAUCACCAGUCACAGUAUGAGAUGAUAUCAGAAAGAGUAAUACAGAAGAAAAUCAAAUAAGGAUGGCAUAGGGUAUUACUAACAGGGUGUAUGGAAGAUUUUAAUGGAAAACACUAUCGGCUGUGCUGACAGUGAAAAGUUAUGAUGUAUGGAUUCCCACCUUUAUCUGAUAAUUCUAUAGCCAUGAGCUUCUGAGGAAGUGUUUAUCCAGUAGAAAACCUUUUCAAAAUAAAUAAAUAAAUAAAUUACUGAUAUAAAUUAGAGUUUUAAAACUUUCUCAACUAGAUUUAAAUGUCACUUUUGAAUAAUUCCUCCUCACAUUAUAGAGAAUGAAUGUUCAAUAGAGGUUUUUUUUUCUUUCUUUUUUUCAAUUACAGAACCAAUGUAUUGGACUUUAUGCUACAUAAUUACAUGUAUGCUGACCUUUUACUCUCUAUGACUCUACCCUUAGAGAGAGAUAAUUACAGUUCUGCACAACACUUUCCUGUGCUUAAUCACUGUUCAAUAAAAGUCCACUAGAAAGUGCAUGAGAUGAAUUAGAGGAGGAAUGAGGUCAUCCACAUUCAACCCUACUUUGGUUAAAUAUAGUUUUUGCAAUUUUACAUGUACACACUCUAGUAUUUGCUGACUCAAUGUGGAAUAUGUCACAGGAAAGGAAACAGAACACAGAGUUCAUUUGCAUGCUGUCAUUAACACCGGCUGCCUCUAGGCUGAAGAACUGGAGCUUACUGCUGAGGCGGUAUUAAGUAAAAUACACAUUUCAGGUAAAAGCUUUUGAGCAAACUCUCAUUCUGAUGCUGGGAGCUUGACGAUGAUAUCUCUGAAUUGUACAUGCAAUGUUCUUGUUCUUGGUACAGCUUUAUAUCAAUCUGUACAAAAAUAGAGAGAUGGAUGUGAAUAGUAGGAUUUGUUUAUCAAGCCAAAUCCAAAUUGUAUAUUUAUAUUUGUAAAUUGUUUGCACAAGAAAUGCGGUAUCCGUUAAAACUGGGUAAAUUCAAGAGCUCCUGAGUUUCUGUAAACUUCCAUAUAAGAAGACUCAGUAACGUAAACCAAGAUUUCACUUGCAGUUACUGUAAUGUUAUAUAUGGACUUCACUGAGAAGUUGAAUUUACUUUACGUUUUUCAAAUCAAAGAAAAAAAAUGCAUACAAGCAAUUUUUUUAGUUUGCUUUGCUUUUUUUUUUUUUUUUUUUUUUUUAAAGAGAGAGGCAUAGACAGACACAUUGCAGGUGUAUUUUAAAACCAUUGUACGAGCUUAUAAAAAUAUUAAAGCUGUGCAUGACUCAGACAUCAAGGUUUAAAUAAAGCUUUAAACUACAGCACGAAAAACACACCUUUGUAGUUUCUGUUUACAGGCAGAACCCGUUUCUAAGACUUCUUGCUGCUCUCAUGCAUUUAAUGAAGUGUUACCAAUUACCUUCUUCCUGUUGUAUGUCUCAGUAUGCUGUGCAAUUGGAAGUCAAUGUACUCUCAGGUCAAGUUCUCCAAGUAUUAUAAAUCCUCGACGUAGGACUAAAUAUGAUUUCUGCUGAAAGUAAAUCAAGAAAGAAAAGGAAAGAUGAAAAGAGAGAGCUGUGCAGCGGCUGGGAGAGCUCUGAUGCAGACAAUGCACUGAAUGACGAUAAUGCAUUUUUUGUCUGGCAGAAGUCAAAACAGCAAGAGAAAUGCAGAUAUUUGGAUGAAAGGAACAUUGUAUUGUCUUUAACUGUUACAUCCUGGUUCUCUGGCUCAGAGGAGAAUGAUGUGGCAGAAACAUUACUCCCAAGAUGUGACACAUCUCAAGAUAAUUCACCCUUUACUAAAUCUCCUGUAGCACUCCAAGCACGGCCCAACGAUUUGAGGCAAAGCACUUCAGACAUGGAAUCUUUCCAGAUAAUCUCCAUGUCUACUCAUUCAAUGACCCAUAAACAAAAUAUCAUUCAUAUCCCCAGUCCAAGCAUCUCGGAGCUAAAGCAGAAUCAGACGUCAAUACGAGGAGCUUCUGCCACUCCUGAGCAGACAUCUGUGGAAUCACUGACCUGGCGAUGUAAAGCAUUUGCUCCAAUGAAUCGUGAAGCAAAACCAGCUGAACCUCUGCAUCUCUGCAAAUGGCCAGAUGCCAAGAGACUGGAAUGGUGCCAGAAGAGCUUGGCUGGACUGGCACAUCUGGGGGUGUAUUCACCCAAAAAUCUGCUGCCUGCUUUUAGACACAGGCCAGUGAUACAGAGGCCAGUUGUGGGUCAUACAGGAGAGCCGGUGCAUAACCGACAUGUGCAGAAAAGCUUCUUCUGGACAGCAGCAUCCAAAAGCCUGCUGAAUGAAGAUGGCACAAGGCCAGCUACACUAGGAGACCCAUGUAACCAAGACGUGUAUAGCUAUUUGUGGAGUGCAGUGCAAGCAGAAACAGAAGGCUGUGGCAAGAAACUGGAACAAGACAGUGGACACAAUUUACACAGAAACAGUGUGAGCUGCUUGUCGGACAUGCUGUGCCCGUCAGGAUGCCAUGGGAACGGCACGUCCACCACCAUUUCACAUGAUAUCACUUUAUUCCACAUUCUCCAAGUACUACAGAGCAAACCAGUACAUUUCCCCCAGGUCAGAGGACAGAGACGCCUCAAGACACUUCCUACUCUGAAUGCCUGAAUGCAUCCUUGAGAAGAAUGUAAUAUUUUUCCACAUUCUCAACAUGUCACUCUGGCAAACAGCAGCCAAACAAGGAAGGCUUCUAAAAGAGCAGUGGUGAUUGUCUACACAACUGAUCCAUUCUUCACACAGCAGAAUGAAGGAGAGGAGGAUGCACAGCAGGCCAGGAUGUGCUCAUACCAGGCUCCAUAAGACUUCAACACGGACUUAUGUUGCGACUGUAUCAGCAGAAUCUGGGGUUCAUAACCUGUGUUUUGAUGCCAUGUCAUGAGAUUCCUUGAAUUUACUAAUUAAAGUGCACUUAAACA